AUGAGCUACCGAGUUACAAUCGUAGUCAUCAAAGCAGGCUGGCCGAAUGAUCCAGAGGAAGUUGAUUCGGUAGUCAAGCAAUACUGGAACUAUCGUGACGAGCUCUCUACCUACGAGGGACUAAUCUUCAAAGGGGAUCGUUUGCUGAUACCGGAAACAUUACGCCUCAAAGCAAUGAACAUUAUCCAUGCUGGUCACUUUGGAAUACAGUCUAGCAUUAAGAGGGCGAAACAGCUGGUCUUCUGGCCUUCAAUGGGUCGGGACAUUGAACGAUUCGUCGAAGAUUGUGGUGUUUGCCAGAAGCACAGCCGCUCCAAUGUAAAAGAGCCGAUGAUAGUUAAGCAAGUUCCAGAGUACCCGUUUCAAAUUGUUGGCUCUGACAUAUUCCAUUUCAACGGCGGAAACUACAUCGUUAUCAUCGACAGCUACUCUGGCUGGAUCGACUUCAAGAAGUUACGGUCCAUGGAAUCAUCCGAAGUGAUUGAUCACCUGCAGUCAUGGUUUGCAAUUUGGGGAACCCCAGAAGAAUUCCAUAGUGAUAAUGCCAAACAAUAUUCAUCGCUAAUUUUUCGACGAUUCGCUGCGGAAUGGAAAUUUGAGCAUGUAACUUCGAGCCCGUAUUAUCCCCAGAGCAACGGGCUGAGUGAGCGAGCGGUGCAAAUUGCGAAAAAUAUCCUGAAAAAGUGCUACGAAGAUAACAGUUCGGUACAACUUGCAUUGCUCAACUAUCGGAAUAUUCCACGUAAUUCGAAGCUGCUUUCCCCAAAUCAACGACUGAUGAGCAGAAUCACAAACUCGCCACUUCCGGUUGCCAAUCAAAAACUGAAGCCAAUGAGCCAUUUUACGAAGUGA